AUGUCUUCAGCGCCUUCCAAGCCUAUCCUGUUCUAUGACAUAGCAUUCAAGGAACCACGAGAGAAGACAAACAGUGCUCCAAACCCAUGGAAGACUAGACUCGCAUUGAACUUCAAGACCCUACCCUAUGCCACGACCUGGGUACCUCUACCGGAUGUGGAAAAGGUUCGACGGAGCCUGAAUGUCCCUGCCUGUCGAAAGUGGGGAAACGGCAGCGACUACUACACUCUUCCUGUGAUCACAGAUCCCAAUACCAACGAGUAUGUUGGUGAUUCUUUCGACAUCGCUGUAUACUUGCAAAAGACGUAUCCAGGCUCAGGCUCAGACUUGUUUCCAGAACAGAAACUCGACUAUGUGUACACACCAGAGCAAGCAACCCCAGUGCCGCUGACAGACGUUCGCGGAGGAGAGCAUGAUAAUUAUGCGGAGUUCAACAUGAGCGUGGAUGCAGUAUUCACAGAGCACGUCAUACUUAUGGCGCACGGUAUGCUGUUGGACUCAGCUGGAGAGGAGGUCUUUGUCAAGCGUGCGGGCGUAGAGUCNUUUGACGCAUUUGCAUUUGUUGGCGAACCGCGCAAGCAGAUGAUGCUGUCUUUUGAGCGCAAGCUGGAGGGGCUAGCUAAUGUCUUCAAGAGAGACCUAAGCGGACCAUUCGUGCUCGGUAANAAGGCUAGCUACGCAGAUUUGAUCGUUGGUGGAUGGUUGCGAAUGGCUAGCAGAACACUUGGCAGCACUGAGUGGGAGGCAUUGAGAGGUUGGCAUGGAGGCGUCUUCGGUCAGUUGCACGACGCGCUAGACAGAUAUGCAACAACAGAUAGAGGACGUGAGGUCUGA